AUGCCGUCAUCCGUAGCUCAAUCUGGUUCUCCUCAGUCUGACUCCGUUCAAAUUCCCGAUACCCUGCUCAGUGACGUUCACUUCACUAAACUCGAAACCGUGCAACCAUAUCUCGAACAAGGAUCUAUCCCGAUUCCUCCCCCUGCUGGUAUCGUUUCGGCGUUGAAUGGGUAUAUUCAGAAUCGACAUUUGUUCGUCAAAGACGAUGAAGAAUUCGGAAGUCUCACGGAUGCAGCGACGAGGCUGUUAGAGGAGGUAAAGGGCUCAAACAGGGUCCGUAAUCAGGAUUUGGUCGACAUGGUCGGAAAUAAGUUGGAAGGGAGAUUCAAGAAAUUUGAUGAGAUAUUCAAGAAAUUUGAUGAGAGAUUCAACAAAAUUGAUGAGAGAUUCGACAAAACUGAUGAGAGAUUCAAGAAAUUUGAUGAGAGAUUCAACAAAAUUGAUGAGAGAUUCAACAAAACUGAUGAGAGAUUCAAGAAAUUUGAUGAGAGAUUCAACAAAUUUGAAGAGACGUUUGAGAAAAAGUGGGACACUAGGGAGAAGACUUUGGAUACGAAAUUGGGCGAUAUCCAGAAAAGCUUAGAGAGGUUAGAAAAUGAGUUGAAUGGAAUAGGUUGGAAGCAAUUGAUAGGGUAUGGCUGUCUCCCUUCAAUUCUUUUGACGUAUCAUUGA